ACAUGUAUAAAAGCAAGUUCAGAGUGCACAGUUUGCUGAAGAUUCCAAACAAACACAAUGGAUGAAGGCAGAGUCAGGGGAAGAGGAAUUCGAUGCAGAGGAGGGAGAAGAGCUGGCCCUGGAAGAAGAGGAGCAGGCCAACGAGGAAGAGGAGUUCAAAUGAGAGGAGGAAGAGGAGCAGGCCAACGAGGAAGAGGAGGAGGCCAACAUGGGAGAGGAGAAGGUCCAGGAGGGAGAGCAAGACAACCUUCAUUACGGACGAGAUGCGAGCAACAGUCAUUGACCAUGUCAUUGUCCAUGGCAUGACAAUGGCUGAAGCAGGACUAAGAGUCCGUCCAAACCUGAGUAGGUUCACCGUGGCCACCAUUAUCAGGGCAUUCAGACAACACAACAGAGUUGAAAGAAUGCCACAUAGAGGUGGGAGGGUUGCCAUAUUUACAGCGGCACAAGAAACCCUCAUUGUGGAUAUGGUUCGUGGGAACAACCUCAUCAGACUCCGGGAGAUCAGAGACAAAGUCAUUGCCGAUAAUGUCAACUUUGAGAGCAUUGACGAUGUCAGCUUGGCCACAAUAGACCGAGUUCUCUGGCGCCAAAAGACGCGGAUGAAACAGGUCUAUAGGGUUCCCUUUGCGUGCAACUCUGCGCGACACAAAGACCUACGUUACGAGUAUGUGCAAAGGAUAUUACAGUUGGACGCGAUGGCCAGACCUCAUGAGUACCUCUUCCUGGAUGAGGCUGGCUUCAACCUGCAGAAACGAAGGCAAAGAGGCCGUAACAUCAUUGGCCAAUGAGCCAUCACUGAGGUCCCUGGCCAACGGGGGGGUAAUAUUACUCUUUGUGCGGCCAUGGGUUUGGAGGGGCUUGUCCUUGGGUCUUACAACACCCAACGUCUCCUCACCUUCCUAGAGGAGCUAAAAGACAUCCUCCUGGACCGCCAACAACACCAUCCUGGGCCCGCACAUCACAUUUAUGUGAUCAUUUGGGACAAUGUCCGCUUCCACAGAACAAACCAAAUCAGAGAGUGGUUCACCACCAACAGUGACCACUUUUUAAACGUCUGUCUGCCACCCACUCCCCUGUCCCGAACCCUAUAGAGGAGUUCUUCUCAUCGUGGAGAUGGAAGGUUUAUGACAGACAACCAUACACAAGAGAGAACCUCCUAAGGGCAAUGGAGCUGGCCUGUGUUGACAUCCCAGCGGAGGCCUUCCAAGGAUGGAUUCGCCAUUCCAGGGCGUUUUUCCCGCGGUGCCUGGCAAGAGACAAUAUAGCCUGCGAUGUGGAUGAGGUGAUGUGGCCCGAUGCAGCUCAGCGACA